ACCGAGAGCUUGAGGGAGAGGCUCUUUACCUGCGGCCAUUCUGCAGAAAACUCCUCCUGCUUCCUGUCUCUUUCUGGGAAUCACUGCGCUGGUGUAAAGUUACAGCAGAAGAGAAAGUCAAAGCACAGUUGAAGACGGGAUUCUGCUUCAGGUAAGACAGUUCAUUUGAUACUCUGAAACUGAAAUGUCGACUGUCGGAGCCAUGAAUCCUUCAACGAUUGUCAUCCAGCUUCAGCCACUGACACAAACAGCAACUGUGACCAGUUCUUCUGUGCCUGUGCGCAUACAGCAUGUUGCAGGAGUUUCACCUCUUCAAAGAACUCAUCUUUUUCUGAGAGGCCAACCAAAAGCCCUCGGGACUGUCCAGAUAAUGAUCGGUGUGUUGACCUUCCUGUUUGGAAUCCUGUUUAUAGGUUAUGAACCAUUUUUCUUCAUCAACACUGGUGUUUCUUUCUGGGGAUCUCUCAUUUACAUUGCUGCAGGCUCGCUCUCCAUUGCUGCUGAAAACAAAAUUAAUUCACCACCUGCUUUGUGUCUGGUGAGAGCUUCCCUCGGGAUGAACAUUUUCAGUGCUAUAGCUGCGGGCAUUUCCAUUAUUGUACAUUCAAUGGAUUUGGGUUUUGGAUCCAUCUACCAUUACUGGGCAAAACCAUAUUAUUCUUAUAAUCAUUGGAAUAUUUUCUUAAGAAUCAGUGGUGUGUUGCUGGUGUUCGCCAUCCUUGAGUUCUUCAUCUCCAUCUCCCUGUCUGUGUUUGCCUGUAAAGUCGCCUGCUGCUGUAAACCUAAGAUUCCUGUGAACAGCAGCCCUUUAAUUCAACACCCUCCUGCAGAAAUGCCCCCACAGUACAUUCAAUGCCCUCAAGAAGUCCCCGAACCAUGCUUUCAACAUCCUCCUGCAGAAGCUCCCCCAGCGUACACUGAAGGCAAAUAAAUGUGAAUCAACAUGAAAAAACAGGGCAGAGCGGUGGAUCUGCUGCUUUGAUGCUGUGAACAUUCAUUGAUGCCUUGUGUAUCUGAUCUGAAUAAAGCGCAUCAUCAGAUUAUGUGUCAAAUGAUUAUUAUAGUCAUCAACUGUGUAUUUUACAUGAGUAUUUUUGUCUGUUUUGCUACUACCUAUAUGUAUUUGUUACCUAAUUGUUAUUUGUUUGUAUACUAAUAAAUUGGAUUUGCUUUAUCAAUAACA